AUGCCCGUCUGCGGGCGUACAAUCCAGCUCUUGACCAUGCACAGCGACCAUGUCCAUACCGACGACCUCUAUCUCGCGGGCGCACAAGGCCGAGUCGCCGCUCGGCAGGCAGCCUGUCGUUCACGCCGAACUGAGAGGCUGCUGAGCGAGACAUCAGACAUGGCCGACGGCAGGCUAUGGCUGUGGCUGACCUUACGCCCGCCGCGCAACUUCUUCUAUGGCCUCGCCCGGCCCCUCGAAGCUAUCUUGCAGCCUACGCCCACCCACAAUCGCUCGCCGGCCUCCGAGUCGCCAGUACCAACUCCCCCCGAUCCCUGUAACUCUCUGCAAGUCCCAGCACUAUGCGUCUGUGACAAAGUGUCAGAUAUGUUUGCAUAA